AUGCUGUACGUAUAUAUAGCACGCCUGUACUGCGCCGAGCUCAGUCGCUCGCCGGAGCUCGUUCUAGCUACGUGCGUUAUUAAAUCAGUUAUGAGGGACGAACGCGCCUCUCCGCCGCGCGUGCGCAUAGCAGUCAUUGGCAGUUCGAGAGUUGGGAAGUCUGAUCUCCUGUACAGACAGACGGUACCCAUAAACGGAACUCCCGUUGAAUUAGAGGUCAUUGACGUCUCUGGAUCCAAUCUAGAUACAUUUCCAACUGAACAGAUUCAAUGGGCCGACGCCUGCCUGUUGGUAUACUCGGUGACAGACAGGAGCAGUUUUGAAUACGCCACAGAUAUCUUGAAUACAUUAAAGAAGACACCAUUGAAUGGAAGUCCAGCUCAUGGGGCAGCCGCAACUACUUGCAUGCCCCUAGCUCUAUUAGGAAAUAAAACUGACCUAGACCACUUGAGACAGGUACCAACAAAGGAGGGCCAGGCUAUGAGUACACUCCACGGGGCCUCCUUCAGCGAGGCAAGUGUCGCUGACAACUCUGGCGACCUCUAUCGCUGCGUGGAUAAACUACUCACCGAAGUAAGAAUGCCGCAACGUACGAGGAAAUUCUCAGUAACCAAAAUGCUCGGAUCACUAAUAGGUGGUACCACCAAUAACAACCAAGCAACCCGUGGUUCAAUGGUAGCUUGCCCGCGCGUCCCAGCUCCGUCCCGGCCACCGCUAGCGGCUGCUGCUCCAUGA